GGGAGGGUGGAAGGAGAAAGAAAACGGGAGCUGGCAAGAGUAGAGCAGGCAGCCAAUCAGAAUUCGAGGCGUUUGGGCUUUAACAACAGACGGUGGUAGUCGAUCGCCGAGCGAGAGAUCGGUCCAGGAAGGAGGGUGAGCUCUCGGCCACGUGGGGACGGUGUUGCUGGCGCUAGAGACGCGGAAAGCUUUUUUCCCCAUCUUGAGCAGUAGCAAUGGCGCAGCUUCAGGCUCGCUUCUUUACCGAGGAUACGAGAUUCUCAGUAGACGAUGUCCCUUUCUCUGUCCCGGCCACUUCUGAAACGGCUGACCUCAGUAACGUUAUUAACAAACUCCUGGAAGCGAAAAAUGAAAGCCACAAAUAUGUGGAAUUUGACUUCCUUGUCAAGGGUCAGUUCUUGCGAAUGCCCCUGGUCAAACACAUGGAAACUGAAAAUAUCUCUACGGAAGAAGUAGUGGCAAUAGAAUAUGUAGAGAAGUACAUGGCUCCCCAACCAGAACAAUGCAUGUUCCACGAUGACUGGAUCAGUUCUGUUGCAGCUACAGAAGAAUGGAUUUUGACAGGCUCGUACGAUCAGACUUCUCAGAUCUGGUCAGUCGAAGGCAAACCCAUAACGACUCUUGCUGGGCACGUAGAUGUGGUAAAAGAUGUGGCGUGGGUGAAGAAAGAUAGCUUGUCGUGCCUGCUGCUGAGCGCCUCUUUGGAUCAGACAGUCCUGCUGUGGGAGUGGAAUGUAGAAAAGAACACCGUGAAAGUGCUUCACCGUUGUAGAGGACAUGCAGGAAGCGUAGAAGCUGUAGCGGUUGAUGGCUCAGGAACAAAAUUUUGCAGUGGAUCCUGGGAUACAAUGUUAAAGAUUUGGUCUGCAGUGCCUACAGAUGAAGAAGAUGAAAUGGAAAUGGAGGAAGUAGCUGACAGGCCAAGAAAAAAGCAGAAAACCGAACAUUUGGGACUAACAAGAACUCCUAUGACAACUCUCUCGGGUCAUACAGGAGCAGUCUCAUCUGUACUCUGGUCAGAUACAGACGAAAUCUGCAGCGCUUCUUGGGACCACACAAUCAAGGUGUGGGAUGUUGAAACGGGAGGCCUCAAGUCAACUUUGACUGGAAGCAAAGUGUUCAAUUCGGUUUCUUACUCACCUCUCUGUCGGCGUCUAGUCUCUGGAAGCACAGACCGACAUAUCAGGUUGUGGGAUCCUCGCACCAAAGAUGGUUCGCUGGUGCUGCUUUCACUUACUUCUCAUACUGGCUGGGUGACGUCAGUCAAGUGGUCACCUACACAUGAACAGCAGCUUAUCUCUGGUUCUCUAGACAACCUAGUUAAAAUCUGGGACACAAGGAGCUGCAAGAGUCCCCUCUAUGACUUGGCUGCUCAUGAAGACAAGGUUUUGUGCGUGGAGUGGACAGAGGCAGGGUUAUUGCUGAGUGGCGGAGCCGACAACAAGCUGUAUUCCUACAGAUGUCAAGCAAGCACCUCCGAUGUUGGCGCAUGAAAACAUCUCUGGUUUUCUGUCAGACUACAUUUUCUUCUACAGUUUUGUUUGUUUUUGUAACCUGUUUUGAAAUAUCCAUAGAAAAAGUGCUUAGUGUUAGUUUAUAACUAAGUUCUGUUUCUUUGGUUGUCUUGCCCAGGGUGUGGGUGGGAGGGGUUGACAACAGCAUGUUUUUGUACUUAAAGGCAGAUGAGUAAAGUAACAUGCUUAACUAUUAUCUGAACAACUUAUAUACGCUGUAGUGAGAGAUUUACUUUAUGUAACUAUACAGUUGUUGUUUUUUUAAAUUAAAUUAUGAUAUCGCCCUUCUGCCAGAUUUCUAUUAGGUUUAGUAGGAACAUCAGGUGGCUGCAGAUGAACUCACUACUCAUUUGAGGUUCCAGUAAAAAGCACAGGAAAUUCCUUAACACAGUUAUUAUAAUGCAGCAUGCUGAACACCUCAUUCAACAAACUUCAAGAGGUUUCUUUGUGCUGGGGAUGUUAAAGUUGACUGUUGAACUGGAAAGACUCCCACUCCUGCAAGGAGCCAUUAUAUUUUAAUUCAUUCUCAAGUUGCUGCAUCCUCUGCUGAAACAAUCAAGUUUAUCAUUCUCACUUUGGUGAUAUAUAUUCUAAAACUGGAAUGAUACAGAAAAGAUAUUCAGUUGGUACCGCAAGGUAAUUUCAUCCGGUCUUAUACAUGAAAGCGGUAGCUAAAUCUUUACAAAGACUUAACCUGAAGUUCUGUUCACUGUUUUCUGGGGGAGCUGUCAGUCAGGGAUGCUUUAGCUUUGGACAGAGGCAGGUGGGGAAGUUAAAAUGGCAAAGGAUAAAGGCAAGCUGAGCAGACACGCCCCCCCCAGUCAACACAAGAAGGUUCACUUGGCUCAGAUUCCGCUAGUGCAGGGGUAGGGAACCUGCGCCUCGAGAGCCACAUGCGGCUCUUCUGCCCUUGCAUUGCGGCUCCACGAGCCGAGCCGCCAGCCCCAUCCUUGCCCGCCCUGCAGGCAGCAGGGCGGGCGCACCAACUGCUCGUGGUUGAAUGGGCCGCACCGCGGGCUUCCCCUCUCGCCCGCCCUGUUGGAGCUGGGUAGGCACUUUCCCAGCAGCCAGCGAGGCAGAGCCACCGGCUUCAUCCUUGCCCUUCUCAGAAUGAGCGGAGUAAAAGGUUAAAAAAACCCAAUAUAUACAGUGUUAUCUUUAUUUUAAAUGUCAAAAAUUAUUUGUGGCUCCAAGUGUUUUCUUUUCCCGUGGAAAACAGGACCAAAUGGCUCUUUGAGUGUUAAAGGUUCCCUACCCCUACCCUAGUGCAACCAACCAUGGCAGUUGCAGGAGGAAGCAAUUGCUGAUAUGGCAAUAAUCGUGGUUGCCACUGAAAGGUCCAAACCAGGUGUAGUCUGUAGUGACAGUAAAAUCCCUGGGCCCCAGUGAGAGGUUCACAAUCUAGUCCGCUCAGACACUAAAUUUUAAGACCUUAUUAUGACAUGGUUGAAGAAUCCUUACUAACUGCAAAGUCACAAAGGAUUCUUUUGAACCCCACCCUAUAAAUACAUGUAUUUAUUCUUCAUUUUACAUCACUGUAACAUUGUUUGGUUUGCAUCACUAACAUCGUAUGGCAUGGCAAUACAAACGAUGACCAGCCUGUCCCAGUUCUGGAUUUCCUGCAUUGAACAAAGACGGCUGAUCCAGUCGCAUUAUCACUGUGUACCAAAAUAUACAAAGUGUGAGUGCAAUAAACAUUUGUUGCAAAUA